CUGGGAGAGGCCGCAGGGCUCGGGACGAGCUAGCAGAAGAACAGGCCGUGUGUCACCCUGUUGUGUGGGGUCUUCCCUCUGACUUUCUCAGAGGCCAUUUAAUGGGUCAGGAGGCAGGAAUAAUGGCAGGAGCUGAGAGCAGCUUAAACCGGCAGAGGAAUUAUUUGGAACCUGGUGAGGGGGAACAGUGCUCAUCCUGUGACCGCAGGGUGUCUUUAAUUUCAGCUUUACGCCUUAAAAGUCACAGGCAGGUUUCCUGCCGAGGGCAGUCCAUUUCUUUUUCUUACAGAUGGGAAUUUGUUUUCACAUCAUGAGGAGGCUACAAGCUAGGAGCCACAGGUGAGACUGAUCCAAAUGCACCUUGGUUGCCUUCACACAACAUGCCUUCCACAUGUAGAACUUCCCUGCAAAUGCCUUGGAGUCUUUAGGUGGGGAGCACCAGCUGCACUCUGUAUUGCUGUAUUGCAUGGGCACACACAAAGGAGAGAAUGCGCUUGUGGGAUCCGUCUUGCAUAUGAGGCCGUGCCUUUCAGAUCAGCUCUCUGUUUGUGGCCGUGGUGUGUAUCUUUCUUUUUACUGUCCUCAUGCUCAUGUCUGUGUGUAGGUCGUGGCAGCUGAGGAUUAACAACUGAGGAUAAGUUAAAAAAAAAAAAGUCUGGUUGCUUAUUGUCAGGCAAUGUCUGCCCCCCUGCCCUGUGCCCUGAAUGGAAGCAUUCACAGGAGAUUUUGGUAUUUCCUCAGAAAGCCCAACAAUACAUGUAAUUUACAUGGGCAGCUGUUAAGCAAGUGGCCAGCGAACAGUCCUUUUUGGAUGAGCACAGAAGUACAGUUGUGACGCACAUGGCUGUCUUUGUUGUGUAGUCACAGCCUGUGUGUGUUUUACUCUCGCGUGAAAGGAUUUAUUCGUUUUCAAAAGAAUUCUAAAAGAUGUGUUUUUUGUGUAAUUGUGUAAAACCAUCGGGCUGGUGACUCAUUUACACUACUCUCUCUGAAUUCCUGGUUGCAGUAACGUCAUAACUGUACUGAAGUAGGCAGGAACUGAUGAAUAAAGUCAACACUUUAUCAAUACAUACUGGAACCAACAUAAAUCAGAGGAGCAGAAGCAACUGGUGGCUGAAUGGGCACAGGAAGCUGUGUUAUUGCUGCUUUGCGUGGCAGCUGGUUUCUUUUUUUUGUUUUGUCCUAGAUUUCUGCACACCUUCUUCCUGUACGGGUUUAAAUUUUCCCUUCGUCUGUCAUCUGCAGACUCACGGCUCACAGUUAGUUCCCAGAUAUUAAAAUGCAGAUUAGGUGUUAUUGAGUUGCAGGUGGUAUCUGCUGCAGCAAGGGUAUUGUCGAGGGUUAACGCGUUUCCAGAUAGCUCUCCUGAUUUGAAAUUGCAAAGCCGCGUCUGGAUGACAAAUUUGGAAUGCAUCACUUCUCUGACGAAGACGGUGCAUAGUUACCUCUCGCAAAAAAAGAGAAGGUGGGUUUCUUUCUCUUCCCGUUUAUGGAACGGGACCUGAUAAAGAAUCUGGAAUUGUGCUUUCUCGAUUCGAGAAGACAGACUGAGCACCGUUUUCAGGGAGCUGGGCGUCUCACCACCACGCGGCGCGUGAUUUAUCCGGUUCAGAGAGGCAUUGAGUCUCAUUUCAAGGUGAGCGCGCUGAGAGUAAUUCUAGUGGGGAUCUAGCCUUUGGAGGACCGGGUUCAAGAAAAAAAGCAAAUUUAGCCGCGAAGAUGUUCGCCCGACAGUCCAGAUUCCUGUGAGCUCCUGAGUCUCACAUGAGGCCCCCCAAGCACCACCUCUAAACCAUACGAAGGUGUACAGAGGCCUGGACAUCAUUACCAACAAGGUGACGGCGGAGGAGCAGGAGCUGUGCCCCCAUCACAUGAUCAGCUUCGUGGACCCCCUGGUCAGCAGCUUCACCGUGGUGGACUUCAGGAACAGGGCUCUGCCCCUCAUUGAAGACAUGCACCAGAGGGAGAAGAUGCCCAUAAUUGUAGGAGGCACCAACUACUACAUCGAAUCCAUAUUGUGGAAAGUGCUCUUGGACACCAAGCAGGACGACGGACAGGGGAAUGGGGCGGGUGACUCGCCCCGCAGGAGAGCAGAGCUGGAGAAGCUAGGGGGGCCAGAGCUGCACCGGAGACUGGCGGAGGUGGACCCAGACAUGGCGUCCAUGCUGCACCCCCACAACACUCGCAAGAUCGCCAGGAGCCUGCAGGUCCUCCAGGAGAUGGGGAUUCCCCACAGCCGGUUGCUGCAGGAGCAGAGGGAGCAGGAGGGGGCGGACGGCCUCGGGGGGCCCCUGCGGUUCGACGGCCCCUGCAUCUUCUGGCUGCACGCCGAGCUGCCAGCCCUGGACGCGAGGCUGGAGGAGCGCGUGGAGGACAUGCUGUCCGCAGGCCUGCUCGAGGAGCUGAAGGACUUCCACGAGCGGUACAACGAGCAGAAACUCCAGGACAGCGGCCAAGACUACCAGCAUGGUAUCUUCCAGUCCAUCGGCUUCAAAGAGUUUCACGAGUACCUGACAGCUGGCACAGACCGCAGUGAGGAGGAGCGACAGAAGCUGAUGAGCAAAGGCAUCGAAGCUUUGAAACAGGCGACCAAGCGCUACGCCAGGAAGCAGAACAAAUGGGUCCGAAACCGCUUUCUCAAACGGCCGGGGUCCAGCGCGCCUCCUGUGUAUGGGCUGGACGUCACCGACGUGUCUCACUGGGACGAGACGGUCCUCGCGCCGGCCCUGCAGAUUCUGGACAGCCUGCGCAAGGGGCAGCGGCCGGCCGCCGAGCCUCUCGCGCCCGGGGCCGAGGAGCGGGGCAGCAAGCGCCGCCGGCACGCCUGCGAGCUGUGUGAGCGGGUCAUCAUCGGAGACCUGGAGUGGACAGCCCACUUGAAGUCCAAGAGCCACCUGCACCAGGUGAGGAAGAAGAAGAAGAAGCUGGAAUCGGCUUCGGGCUCCCAGGGGUCCUCCUGUGUCUCUCCUCGCCAGGCUGGUGUCGCUAACAUACACCCAGGUUCUGACCCGGCCUGCCGGACGGACAGCGCGGCCGGCACCGCGGUGUGACUGGCGGGCCGCGGGGGGCCCUAGGUCAGUCAGUGUUUGUCUCGGCUGCGUCCGCGGCGGAGAAGCAGAGCCGGGCACUGACCCGCCCCAGGCCCGUCGUUCAGGAAGUGCCCCGGACUGGACUGCCGUUCCUCUGCACCAGCCCAGCGGGUCGCAAGCCGGCUCGCAGGAAGCCUCAUGGGAGGAGGCUGAAGUCCCGGCUCGGCGCAGCGGACUUUUCCAAGAAAGGGCAGCAGCCGGACGUUGAGUCUGACAGCUCGCUCUUGUGCCGCGAGAGGUGGGAGGUGUUUUUUCAGCUGAAUCCGGUAUUCUGUGGGAUUCUUCUCGCAGUGGAUUCUGGGGAAUCCCCUCCUGCAGAAGCGGCUCUGUGUGGUGAAAGUCACAAAUCGGUGGGGAAACACUGGGGAAUCCACAGUGGGUGGCGGUGGAUGGGUUUUCACCGGCAAGGCGCGGCCGAAUCCACUGUAACUCAGCCUCAGAACCCUCUUUCUCCUGGCCUGGGAUUCCCCCAGUGACAUGGCACAAGGUUUGUAUGACCUGGCCCCAACAACCACCCUUGACGGCAUCCACCGCCAGGACAGCCAGCACCUUCCCCUGCCCCGGGUGACCUCUGAGGAUACGGGGAUCCCUACAGCUGAGCCUGAAACCCUCUGCCUGAACCAGCAAAAUCUGAUUUUCAAGUGCUGUGGAUUUACCGAAGAAACUGUUCUGAUUAUGAUUGUGCCUUCUGUUUUUUCGCUUCACCCUGGACCCCUUGACAGAGGAAAGUGGUUGUAUUAGGCUGUUUCCUAGUGCCUGGCCUCUCCUGUGAACCUAUUCUAUACAAAGCAUACCACUCAGCUCCCCUGUACACAUACAGUACCUCCCUCCAUUUUUUUGGUGCCUUAAAACACCUGUCAGUUGGAGUAGAAGCUUCCGUCUGUGCUGGGACCCACACCACUGCAGGAUCUGGAUGAAGUGUGAUGCUGUUCUGUGAAGAGAAUACCAGGCACUGUAUUAAAAUCAAGAAAUUGAUCCAGGCUUUUUUAAAUAUGACUGUGUGGAGUUAACGGACUAUCAUGAAGCACAGCUGGACAGAGAAACCGAAGCCUCGAGAACUUUUAAGAGAGCUGAAUAAGUUUUUAAUAGAGCACAUGGACUGUGCCAUAUCUUAUUUGGGGGUUGUUUGAAAUGAUUUACUUUCUGUUAUUUGAACGUUAAUACACGUGUCUUAUUUUCAUUUCUGUGAAAAGGGGAUUCUUAAUUGUUAAUUCUUUAACCAAAAAUGAUUAAAUGAUUAAGUGAAAUGAUGAUUUCACUUCAGCGUUGUUUUAAUAGUUUCAGACAAAGGCAGACCUGUUCUAAUUGUCAAUACAAUAUACAUUUUAAUUCACUUUCCUCCCACAUUCUGGUAGGCGGUAUUUGAUGGAAGCACACAUUUUCAACAGUGCUUUCUACCGAUGAACUCCUGGUUUUCCUCUUCAGGUGCAAAUCCCUGCUUUCUCAGAGCAAACUAUAAAUUGAAACAGACCAUUCUCAGAGCAGUGACAAGCUUCAAGUAAAUAAAAAAAUAAAUAAUGAUUGCAGUUUUGCUGUUUUUCAUCAGUAUGCUUCCAAAUUACAGCAUGCCAAACGCAAGGGUGUAUAGUUAAAAAAGUCCACCUUCAGAAAUGCGUCUUUUAAAAAUAAAAAUAGUUAAACACUUUGGUUUCUGCUAGCUGCCAGACUCAAAAUUAAAAAGUUAAAUUUU